UAUACAAUAUAUUUGACCAACCCAACAAAAAACGUGUUUGUGAAAAUAAAAAGAAGCGGAUUAAAAAAUAUCGCUCAUCAUGCAAGUAUCGAUCCGAUACUGAUACUACUACUUGAUUCGAUUCGCUGACAUUACGUGGGAGUGAACGCUCCUGUCGUUCAAUAGUUAAGCUCCAAGCCAAACGAAGAUGACACCGUUGUUGUCAAAGACGUUGACAAGUCGUGGAAUAUUUUCAGCUAUUUAUGUGCGACUUCAUUCGUCUCUUACGUCUGAACUGAUUGAAAACAUGGACAAGAAAGCCACCUGGGACCGCUUCUAUUCUGAGAGCAGCAGCAGAACAACCACAUUCAAGAACUUUGAGUGGUUCUUUGGCUUUGAAACUGUCCAGAACUUCAUCAUGCCCAUACUACAGACUAUGUCCAGCACUGAGGCUCCAGUCCAGGUCCUGGAUAUGGGCUGUGGCACCUCUGCGUUGGGUCCCUCCAUUUACCAGCACUGUUCUGUGCCAGUGCGGGUCACAUGUGCUGACAUUUCCCCUGUUGCUGUGCAGCUCAUGCAGGAGCACGUGCUGGCUAAAGCUAUCCACCCUCGCAACUCAUUUUCCCAGCUGGACUUUGUGGAGCUAGACUGCACGCAGCUGCACAAACACUUUGGUCCCUGCAGUGUGGACCUUAUAGUAGACAAGGGCACCACAGAUGCCCUACUGAGGUCCAAGGAAGGGCGAGGGAAGGCUCGCCUCGUGCUGAAGCAGUGUUUGAAGGUGCUGCGGCACUCAGGGUCUCUACUCCAGUUCUCUGAUGAGGACCCGGAUGCCAGGCUGCUGUGGCUGGAGACAGAAGCACGGGAGAGGUGGGCAAUGGCGGUAAAUGUUGGGCUGCAGGAAGUAGGGGAAGUGAGGGGUGUGUGUUACUACUGCUACCAAUUGACUCCUCGUCUGAAUGUGCAGCACUGACUAGUCCAAAUGUUUCAAAUAAUAAAAAUGAAAAUUGAGUAUAGAGUUUGUCUUCUUUGGAAGGCCAGAUUCUGUCCACAUGCUGUGCAGUCUUCAUGUGGGAUACUCAAUAUAUUCCGCACAUUAUUGAAAGCGCAAAUCCAUGUCAAGCAUCAUUUAUGAGUGUAGUGCGCCCUCUGGCGG